UGCAAAUGAAGUCCUUUAUAACUGACCACAAAGCGUACACUGUCUUUCAACUUUCAACUUUUCAUUGAGCUGCCCAACAACAAUACAGACAACUCCUUUGUGCAGUGUUUUUAAACCUGUCUAACCGUGCACAAAGAGAAAUGAGGGACAUAGAACUUAACAAGGUGGAUCUGGAAAAGCAGCACAUUAAUGAAAAAAAUGGCUGUGUGAAGGUUAGGGUCCAAGAGGACAUUGGACCGAAAAUUACCUGCCUCUCCAAAGACGAGUUAAUGAAAAUUGCUGGUACAGCUGGGUGGAUUCGGGCUCGCUGGAUCUUGCUGGUUCUGUUCUUUCUUGGCUGGGUUGGCAUGUUAGCUGGGGCAAUAGUAAUCAUACUACAGGCCCCACGCUGUAAACCCAUCCCUGAAAUGAACUGGUGGAAUGAGGGUCUUCUCUACCAGAUAUCUGAUGUGAAUGCUUUCUCUAACAAAGGACUGAAAGGGGUGGAGGAGAAGCUGGAGUAUCUGAAACAGAUGAAGGUGAAGGGUCUUAUCUUGGGUCCAAUACACACUGUGCAAGCAGACCAGCUCGACACACUGAAACUAACAUCUAUUAAACCUGAAGUAGGCACUGAGAAUGAACUGGAAACUCUGCUGGACCAAGCCCAUAAAAAGGGUAUCUCUUUAGUGCUGGAUUUAACACCUAACUAUGAAAGUGUUUCAGCCUGGUUCAACAAUACUGCCUCUGUUGCUGAGAAACUCAAAGAAGCAUGUGUGUACUGGUUAAAUAAAGGAUUCAAUGGCAUUUCCUUAUCUGGCCUUGGAGAUUUCGCAAAUACGAGCACCUGGCCAUCUAUACAAGAUAUAACCAACAAAAGAAGCUGGACUGAAAAAACAGCUCUGAUAGUCUCUGUCACUGAUCUUCCUUUGGAUGACAUCCAUGUACUGCUGAACCAUUCAGGUGUCGACCUGCUUCUGACGGGACUGCCUAAUCCGGUCGAGUCCCAAGCCCUUUCAAUACAGAAACUCUACUCCAUGAAUCCCCAGACCAGCCUGGGCUGGAGCCUGUGUGGACGGACCUUGGGCUGUCUGGCUUCUAGGACUCCAGCAGUGCCUGUAAGGCUCUUUCAGAUCCUGUUGUUCACCUUGCCGGGCACGCCUCUGUUUAAUGCUGGGGAUGAGGUUGGAUUGAAGACAGGGGAAAAACUUCAAACAAUGUGGGACUUGGAAAGCCCUGCAGAUGAGGCAAAUGCAACAGCAAAGACUCUGCAGGAGGAGCGUAUUGCAUUGCGUGAUUUCUUCAAAGCACUUAGUGAUCUAAGGGGAAAAGAGCGUGCUCUUCGCCAUGGAGAAUUUGUGUCCCUUCACAGUUCUUCCUCUACAUUAGCUUUUCUCCGCAUCUGGGACCAGAGUGAACGGUUCCUCAUUGCUAUAAACUGGGGAAAUUCUGCUGUUAACAUGACAUUCACUAACAGUGACCUGCCAGCUGAGGCUCAAGUCUGUGUUACCACAAAUGCAGAAAAUCUGGCCGUGGAUAGCAUGGUGUCAUUAAAGACAUUGGAGCUUGGAUCCAAACAGGCUGUUCUGUUGUCUUAUCCCUAUGCAGGCUAGAGACACAAAUAAAAGCAAAUCUUAACUUAAUAUCUUAGAGCUGUUAGGUUUCAUGAGCAGUCUCAUAAAAUCCAAAAGGCUGUCAGCUGAUUGUUGGCACUGCAAGCACAAGUUUUAAGAAAUCGUGGAAUUCAAAGUUUUAAUUUUUUUUCGAUGUUUACUGAAACUACUAUUCUCUAAUAGUAAUACAUUUACGACCACAAAGUUUAAAUAACUAAAAAAGUUGUUUUAGAAUAUUCCAGAAUUGUGCUGUUUCCAUGCAGAGAGCUGUUGGUUCAAAUCUAUUUUGAAAUAAAUAAAUUUGUAAUAAAUGUACUUCUGUUUGUAAUUUUUGGUAAAUUUACUCAUCUUUGCAGUGUUAUAUUGCAGCAAUAUAAUUGUUGUGUGUAUGUAUGGCAUACUUUGUUUUCCAAUGUGAUUCUGUACACACAAUACAUUGUUGUGUCUUGGCUGUGCGCCAUAUGUCGUUAAUUCGCAGGGCAGGAAAAGGAAGACUCUAAACUUCACAGGUGUUUGUUUGUAUGUGUGUCAUGUACGAUCAUUCUCUGUACUAUAUAAAACUGUUUUAUUUCCUGCUCAAUUUGACUUGUAGAAAAGAGGGGGGAGAAUAGCACCUAAAACAGAAUGGGAUCAAAAUGGCAUACUGGGUCAUAUCUAAUAAUAAAUACAUUUAAUCUCUUCUGUUAAGACAUAUUUAAGACAUAUGUAACAUGGCAACUUACUAUAAUUUUGCUUUAUAUAGAAAAUUUUAAUUAUUCUCUACAAUCUCAGAUUCCCUUGAUUGAAUUUUUAUUGUGAUCAAAAUUGUUCCCAGUAGGGUUGCUUAAUGUGAGGUCAUAGGUCAAAUCUGACAUUUCUAUGGUAUAUUUCUCAUUUACUGACCUUUUGUCUCUGCUGAUCCCAUUUGAUCCUUUCCUCAGUAAAAAGAUGUGCUUGAUCCUUGUGUGUGAGUGAGAGAGAUCUAAUGAGAUCUUUGUCUAAUUCUCAAUGUGAAUUUUCCCUGUUAUAAGUGGUGGUGAGGCCGUUUGUUUUCAUGUCCUCCCACAGACAUCAGAAGAAAAACUGUGUGUGGUACAGAAAAGUAAAAAAGUCUGACAUUUACCUACACUCAAAUGAAUAGCCGAGAAAGAAGAAUUACAGAGAUAAUACAUGUAAUAUACCUGCUGACUGAUCACAGUUCUGAUUCAAUGAUAAACCACAAUAACCCUGUAAAAUACAGUCUUUACAUUUUUGUAGCUCUACAUUUUUUUCAAUCACACAAAGUAGCGCAUUAUGAGCGUUUGACAUUUAAUAAUGGUUUUAUGAUUAUAAAGUUCAAUCGAAUGAUAAUUACUAUGAUAUUUUUCAAAUGUAAAUCAAGUUGAGUGAUGUUGUAACUUACAAGACAAAUUUGAUUAAAAAAACACAGAAAGGAGAGUUAAAAAUUUGCUGAGAACUCUAACAAAAAAAAAUCUGAAUGUUCAGUAGAUGCUCAAAUAAAGACAACAAAUUGUAUG